ACUCCCGGAACUGAGUCUAGGUGCCAGACCGUCCGGAGGCGGGGGCCACGUCAGCGGGGCCUCCCUGGGCUGUGCGGGGUCCGGCGGGCGCCAUGCGACGGGGCGCGCUCCUGGCGGGCGCCCUGGUCGCCUACGCCGCGUACCUGGUGCUGGGCGCGCUGCUGGUGGCGCAGCUGGAGGGGCCGCAGGAAGCCAAGCUCCGAGCCGAGCUGGGGACGCUGCGGGAGCAGCUGCUGCAGCGCAGCCCGUGCGUGGCGCCCCCCGCCCUGGACGCCUUCGUGGAGCGGGUGCUGGCGGCCGGACGGCUGGGCCGCGUAGUGCUCGCCAACGCUUCGGGGUCGGCCAACGCCUCGGACCCCGCCUGGGACUUCGCUUCGGCUCUCUUCUUCGCCAGCACGCUGGUCACCACCGUGGGCUACGGGUACACGACGCCGCUGACCGACGCGGGCAAGGCCUUCUCCAUCGCCUUCGCGCUCCUGGGCGUGCCGACCACCAUGCUGCUGCUCACCGCCUCGGCCCAGCGCCUGUCGCUGCUGCUCGCGCACGCGCCCCUGUCCUGGCUGAGCGCGCGCUGGGGCUGGGAGCGCCGGCGCGCCGCCCGCUGGCACGUGCUGGCCCUGCUGGGGCUCACAGUGGUCGUCUGCUUCCUGGUGCCCGCCGCCAUCUUCGCCCACCUCGAGGAGGCCUGGAGCUUCCUGGAUGCUUUCUACUUCUGCUUCAUCUCCCUGUCCACCAUCGGCCUGGGCGACUACGUGCCCGGCGAGGCCCCCGGCCAGCCCUACCGGGCCCUCUACAAGGUGCUGGUCACAGCCUACCUCUUCCUGGGCCUGGUCGCCAUGGUGCUGCUGCUGCAGACUUUCCGCCGCGCGUCCGACCUCCACGGCCUCACAGCGCUCAUCCUGCCGCCCGCUCCGUGCCCCGCCGCCGUCCCCGAGGAUGAGGACGAUCGGGCGGACAUUCUGGGCCCCCAGCCGGAGUCGGGGUCGCGCCGGCAGCUGUCUGCCAGCUCCCACGCCGACUACGCCUCCAUCCCCAGGUAGCGCGGCCGGCUGGACCUGGCCUGGGACCGAGGGCCCCGGUGACUGGAGCUGACCCUGCAGGAACGUCCAGGUGCACAGGCAGGUGUUCCAGAGGCGCGGCCACCAACUGUCCGUCCUGUGUUUCACAGCCCGGUGGGGACGCGGAGGCCGUCGCGCCCUGUUUCUGUGUCCCGGGCCGCACUGGGCACCAGCGUA